AUAUGGACGAUAAAAAGGAAGAAACACCAUCGAUUGCUCCUGUUCUUUGUGGAGAAGAAGAGGAGGCAGUCACCCUUGGUGAAAUCGUGGAAACCAUCGAUUAUUUGGAAGACAAAGCCGAUGUAUUGUUCGCAACCCAAAAUCCAAACGUUUGCACUUAUGCAGAAGGCUACAAACCUCGUCAAACAUUAUUCACAUGUCUCACAUGCACACCUGCUCCAGAGAUGGCUGGAGUUUGUUAUGGAUGCGCUUUAAAUUGCCACGACGGGCACAUCAUUGUAGAAUUGUACACAAAAAGAAAGUUCAAGUGCGAUUGUGGAAAUUCAAAAUUCGGCGAGAAGAAAUGUGCUCUCUAUGAGGAUAAAGAUGCGAAAAACGAGUAUAAUAUGUACAAUCAUAACUACAACGGGAAAUUCUGCACUUGUGACGUUUUCUAUCCCGAUGAAGACGGUGGAAAAGAGCUCCUACAGUGUGAAAUUUGCGAAGAUUGGUUUCACGAAGAGCAUAUGCCGUUCAAGGAUGUGAAUUAUUAUUACGAGGAAAUCGAAGCAAAUAGCGAUACAAUUCUCAAUAGAGAUAUCGCAUCAGCCGUCUGUCUGGUAUGUAUCAAAAAACUUCCUUUCCUGAUGCACAUGAAAUCUGGCAAAGAUGUAUUCUGCCAUUCUAAGCUGAUCGCCGAAGAAACGAAACCUGAACCACAUGCUCUAUGUAUUGAACAUUUUCGUGCAAAACUUUGCAAAUGUGCCGAUUGUGUUCGUGUCUAUGAGAUGGCAGAUUGUGAAUUUCUACUGGACGAUGAAGAUGAUAUUGCCACAUUCGACAGUGAAUCAAGAAAAAAAGUCGAGGAGAACAAGACAACUGAAGAUGAUGAAAUGAGAGAAAUGGUAAAACAAAUAGGCAUGGACGGAGCGCAACACUUUUAUUCAGAAGUUCAUAAUUUCAAACGAAAGCUGGAAGACUUUUUAAAUACAAAAGCGGAAGGUGGAAGAACAAUUGCUGCUUCUGACAUUAAGACAUUUUUUGAUGCUCUAAAGGAAGAGAAUCUCGAGAAAAAGCGGGCUCGAUACGAAUAAUGGAUCAAAAAAUCACACAUUCACUCCUCAUCGUCUUCUUUUGUUUCUCUUGAUCCUUGUACAUGUAAACCCCUUGAGUAACCUGAAAUAUUAAAUUGGCUCUAAUUUCAAAAUACGAGACUCUCACCGAACCGUAGUUGAUCCACAACAUAUGAGACGAGAACAGUGGCGGCUCGAAGACUUUCUCUGUGAAUUUUCCAGCCUUGAUAUUCUCGAAUUGUUUCCGUGAUCGCCUCGCCCAAUUUGUCCCAGUAAUCAAUCUACAAAUCGUUUAUUUGUUUCAAACUAUUCCAUUACUAUUAUUUCACCUUCAUUCCUUUACUUCGCCGAUACUUUGCAUGUUUCUGGCCGAUUUCUUGACAAAGUUUCGAUAUUUUGUCAGGCUCGUCCAGACUUUGCAUCACUGAAAAAUUUGAAAAUAUCUUUUAAAAAAUGUAUCUCCUAAAUAACGCCUACUAUUUUCCCACCUUUUUGUAGAAAUUCGACAAUCUGCAAAUUAUGGUAAUCCAGUGUUGAUCUAUCAAGAAUAUCCCCGAUUGUACUUUUUCUGGCCAUCAUUCUUCUCGUUAUUGUACUUCCACAGUUUGACGGUCCUUUUUGACUCAUAUGUCUCCAUGCGUUACGAACUAUUGAUUUCUGUUUGUUAUCUUUUAUGUUUUCAUAAAACGCUCCAUUUU